GAACAUAGGCCGGGCAGCUUGCCGUGAGGAAACUGAGGCUCUGUUACCCUAGGCAUAGGGAGUGGAUGCUGGAGUGGCAAAACCCGCAGAUGCACAUGCACAAAAUCGCGCGUCCUCCUGCGGCUGGGCUGUGGGACGGCCCCACGCGGACACUCCCAGCUCCCUCCUGACCUAAGCGAACACAGCGCGUCGUGCCUGGGCUCCACAAGGAGUGAUUCAUUUCCAGUGGCCCUACCCCGGGCGGCGGCGCCCCCUGGCACCUUCGAAAUGUCCUCAGUGACUCCGUGGAGAGCUCGGAUGAUGAAUUCUUUGAUGCCAGAGAGGACAUGGCUGAAGGCAAGAACGCCAUCCUCCUUGGGAUGAGUCAGUGGAACUCGAACGACCUGGUGGAGCAGAUUGAGACCAUGGGGAAGUUGGACGAGCAUCAAGGAGACGGGCCGGCGCCGUGUACAUCCAGUGUCCUGCAGGAGAAGCAGCGAGAGCUGUACCGGGUUUCCUUGAGAAGGCAGAAGUUCCCGGCCCAGGGCAGCAUCGAGAUCCAUGAGGACAGCGAGGAAGGCUGCCCGCAGCGCUCCUGCAGGACCCACGUGCUCCUGCUGGUGUUGCACGGCGGCAACAUCCUGGACACGGGCGCCGGGGACCCCGCGUGCAAGGCCGCCGACAUCCGCACCUUCGGCUCCGUGCUGGAGAAGGUCACGCGCGCCCACUUCCCCGCGGCCCUGGGCCACAUCCUCAUCAAGCUCGUGCCCUGCCCGGCCAUCUGCUCCGAGGCCUUCUCGCUCGUCUCCAACCUGAACCCCUACAGCCACGACGAGGGCUGCCUCAGCCACAGCCAGGACCAUGUCCCUCUGGCCGCCCUGCCCCUGUUGGCCAUCUCCUCCCCGCAGUACCAGGAUGCUGUCGCCACUGUCAUCGAGCGAGCCAACCAGGUGUACACGGAGUUCCUCAGGUCCGCUGACGGCGUUGGCUUCAGUGGGCAGGUGUGUCUCAUCGGGGACUGUGUGGGCGGCCUCCUGGCCUUCGACGCCAUCUGCUACAGCGCGGGGCCCUCGGGGGACAGUCCCGGCAGCAGCAGCCGCAAGGGGAGCAUCAGCAGCACGCAGGACGCCCCGGGGGCGGUGGACGAGGACUGCAGCCUGGCCGGCAGCAAGCGGCGCAGCAAGAGCAACAUUGACCUGUCCAGCGGGGCGGAGGCCGCUGAGCCCAAGAGGCCGCUGCCGCGGAAGCAGAGCGACUCCUCCACCUACGACUGCGAGGCCAUCACCCAGCACCACGCCUUCCUCUCCAGCAUCCACUCCAGUGUGCUGAAAGACGAGGCCGAGCUCCCCGCCGCCAGGGCGCCCCCGCUGCCCGAGGUCAGCCUGGGCCGCUUCGACUUCGACGUGUCCGACUUCUUCCUCUUCGGCUCGCCCCUCGGCCUGGUCCUGGCCAUGCGGAGGACGGUGCUGCCCGGGCUGGAUGGUUUCCAGGUGCGGCCCGCCUGCAGCCAGGUCUACAGCUUCUUCCACUGCGCAGACCCGUCCGCCUCGCGGCUGGAGCCGCUGUUGGAGCCCAAGUUCCACCUGGUGCCCCCCGUCAGCGUGCCCCGCUACCAGAGGUUCCCCUUGGGCGACGGACAGUCCCUCCUCCUCGCUGAUGCCCUGCACACCCACAGCCCCCUCUUCCUGGAGGGCAGCUCCCAGGACGGCCCACCGCUUCUGGAAGGGCCCGCGUCGCCCCCUCAGGUCCCGAGGUUCCAGCGCCCGGGAAGGAGGCCGAGCGAGGAUAGCUCCCAGAGUGACAGCUCCGCGUCCUCCGACAGCCUGGCACCCGUGGGCGCCUCCCGCAUCACGGCCGCAUGGUGGGGCACCAAGAGGAUCGACUACGCGCUGUACUGCCCCGACGCCCUUACCGCCUUCCCCACGGUGGCCUUGCCACACCUCUUCCAUGCCAGCUACUGGGAGUCCACCGACGUGGUGGCCUUCAUCCUGCGCCAGGUGAUGCGCUAUGAGACCGUGAGUGUCAAGGAGAGCGCUGGCCUGGACCCCGCGGCCCUGAGCCCCGCCAACCCUCGGGAGAAGUGGCUUCGCAGGCGGACCCAGGUCAAGCUACGGAACGUCACUGCCAAUCACCGGGCCAAUGACGUCAUUGCUGCGGAAGACGGCCCCCAGGUCCUGGUGGGGCGGUUCAUGUAUGGGCCUCUGGACAUGGUGGCGCUGACUGGAGAGAAGGUGGACAUCCUGGUGAUGGCAGAGCCGUCCUCGGGCCGCUGGGUACACUUGGACACGGAGAUCACCAACAGCAGUGGCCGCAUCACGUACAGCGUGCCGCGGCCCCGACGCCUGGGGGUCGGAGUGUACCCCGUGAAGAUGGUGGUCAGGGGCGACCAGAGCUGUGCCAUGAGCUACCUCACGGUGCUGCCCCGGGGCAUGGAAUGCGUGGUGUUCAGCAUCGACGGCUCCUUCGCCGCCAGCGUGUCCAUCAUGGGAAGUGACCCCAAGGUGCGGCCAGGGGCAGUAGACGUAGUCCGGCACUGGCAGGACCUGGGCUACAUGAUCCUGUACAUCACGGGGCGGCCGGACAUGCAGAAGCAGCGGGUGGUGUCGUGGCUGUCCCAGCACAACUUCCCACAGGGCAUGAUCUUCUUCUCGGACGGGCUGGUGCAUGACCCGCUGCGGCAGAAGGCGCUCUUCCUGCGCAACCUCAUGCAGGAGUGCUUCAUCAAGAUCAGUGCUGCCUAUGGCUCCACAAAGGACAUCUCCGUCUACAGCGUGCUGGGCCUGCCUGCCUCCCAGAUCUUCAUUGUGGGCCGGCCUACCAAGAAGUACCAGACCCAGUGCCAGUUCCUGAGCGAGGGCUAUGCCGCGCACCUGGCGGCACUGGAGGCCGGACACCGCUCGCGCGCCAAGAAGAGCAGCACGCGGAUGGUGCUGCGGAAGGGCAGCUUCGGCCUGCACGCGCAGCCCGAGUUCCUGCGGAAGCGCACGCACCUGCGCCGGACCAUGUCCGUGCAGCAGCCCGACCCGCCCGCCGUCAACCCCAAGCCCGAGCGGGCCCAGAGCCAGCCCGAGUCCGACAAGGACCACGAGCGGCCGCUGCCCGCGCUCAGCUGGGCGCGUGGGCCCCCCAAGUUUGAGUCGGUGCCCUGAGGGGGCGGGCUGUGUUCCGAGCCAGGGGCCCACGCGGGCUGCCUGCGGCGGUGGGAGGGGCCGCCUUCUCCCCAGCACAGGCGCUUUCCUGCUUUCCCCUCCCGUGUCUGUCCAGCAGUGUCCGACUAGAGCCGGGAGGGACCCCGCCCGGCCUGGGGGAGGGGGGGCCUCCCUGGGCUGCAUCAGAUGAGAGAUGAGAGCCCACGGGGUCUCAGAGCGGCUGCUGCUGCCUCCACCCCGGUGCCUGUGACCGCAAGCCCAAGGCAGGGUUGGAUGUGCGCGUCACCGUGGAGGCAGGCUUGCCCCGGGCUGUAGAGCAUGUGGGCCAAGCUGAUCAUCUUUCUGAGUGCUUGGGGCCCUCAGCCCUGAGGACCAGCACCUGCUGGCCAGUGUAGCUUCUCGGCCGCCCUGUGGAGGGGUGAGUGGGCCUGCUGGGCCGCCACCCACUGUGGUCUCCUGUGUUCCAGCUUGGGGGCUGGCUUGCUUAUGGCCAAGUGGCCACUUUGUGAGAGUGAGGGGACAUCCCAUGGGUUCAUCCUCAUGUGUGUGAUGUGUGUCCACAGCCCUCAGGGGCGGGGCCUGGUGCUGCCGUCUGGCCUGCAGCUGGCCCUUGUGCCCCUGUCUUGUCCUCGGUGUUGCACCAUUGUUCCUCGAGGAGGGGUCUCCCCAGGGCUCUGCCUUGUGCCCCGGCAUGGGGCAGCAGCCUCGGCUGUGGCCCAGCCAAGACGGUUGUGUGCCCUGGAGCCCGCUGCCUAGCUGCCCCAUCCUGGAAGGGUCCCUGCAGCUGAGAGGCGGAGUUUUGACCCAUAGGCCUGUGCGUGAGGAUUUGUAGGCCUGGGGGCCCCUCCAAGCACCAUGACCACCGCAUACCUUCCACACAGCCUGGGAUGGGGGCUGUUACUGGGACGGGUAGAGAAGGGGUCCCUACUCCAUGGACAGCCACCAUAGGUUUGCCUUGCACUGAUGUUCAAACUGGGCAUCCCAAGAGCUGAAAUACCACAGCCCCCUGCCCAAGGGCACUGAUUGGGCUCUGCCACCUCUGGCUCUGUUCAGACUCAUUGCCGUCUUUCGGCUCCUGGAAGGCUUAGAGCCGAGUCCCCAGGGUUCUGGGAAUUUGGGCUCAAACUGUUGUAUUCUCUCCCCUUGCCCCUGCCAUGCAGUGUUUGGCUUGUGCCCGCAACCUCCUCUUGGCUCAUCCCGAGGUGGGCAGGGCUUGUCUCUCCUGGGACCCCUCAGAGGCUGCCCAGGCUCCCCUGCUGCCCACUGCCUCUGCCCCCGCUCUGUGGCCCACCUGCCACAUGGGGGUGCCCGAGGUUGCCUCUGAUGCCGCCGUAGGGCCCAGGCAUCUGUGUGCACAGCAGGCACUUGUCAGCUCAGUGUCGCUUCUGCUCAAUGUCUACCUCUUGCAGCUCCCAUGCAGCCCCUGGCGGCUGCUGGUGGGGGCAGCUGGCACCAACUGGCAACCUGGGUGCCCUGCUGGGGCUGGAGGGUCUGGGCUCCUAGUCUCUCCCCUGGCCUCCAGCUCUCUCCACUCAAAAUGUGUCUUCUCUAGCCUGCCGGCCGCUGCCACAUUCACCUGAUCUGUCUGCCGGCUCCUCUGCACCACUUUGAGCGCUGGGUCCUGCAUCCAUGGAAGCUGGCACUGCUGCUGGCCGGGCUGCUGGGGUGUGGUGUGAGUGGGCCUCAGCUUCCUCCCUGGCCCUGCCUCCUGGAGGUUCGCCCCGCCCAUCCGCCUUUAACAUGGCAUUGUUCUUGGCUCGCCAUAGGCACCAGCUCAUCCGGCUCAGCCACUUCAACCCUAACACUUCCGGCCCCUUCCCCAAAAGACCAUGACUUAAAUUGGGGCAGACUUAGUCUGAUCCGCUGACACCCAGCAUCUCCUAUUCGCAGAAGACACUCAUGUAAUUGCUGACAAAUGACAAAAUAGUGUGAGGUCCUGUGCUACCACUUAGGCUUCCUUUUCGAAGACCCCAGGCUAGGAGAGAAGGGGGGAGAGAGAGAGAGAGAAUGUGGCGCACUCCCGGGCUGGGAAUCCCAGGGAAUUUGGAGUCAUUGUGACUCAGGGGGGGUCACAGCUGAGACACAGGACCUGCCAGCAGAGCCACUGCCCCUUCCUGUUUGGAGCCCAGGACUGGGGCUCUGACCGGUGCGGUGAGACGCGUCUGGCUUGCAUGCGUGAAUGUGUGCCUGUGUGGUUCUGCUUCGCCAGGGGAACAUGUUUGAGCGUGGCUUCCCUGGCGACUGUGUACCCCACACGCACUUUCUGUACUAAUGCUUUGUCCCCUCCCGUCUGUCUGGUUAAACUGGAAAAAGCCCGCAGAACUGCACUUGCGGCUCUCGGGAAUGGCCUCCCCACGCGUAGCUCUGUGGCCAGAGCAGACCGGCUGUUUCCUAGAGAACCCUUCCAGCCCCUGGCGCACCUGCUCACAGCAGCUGGGGGACAGCUCUUCCUGCCUGACCAAAGCUCCUCGUUUUUCACGUGGCAUGUUUGUUCUUCCCCACGCUGGGGCUGUCCUGGCCAAGGACGCCCCUGCCACCUUCUUCUGUCAUUGUCCUGUUGGGGUUCAGGGUGCAUUCCUGGCCAGGGCCUGCUCUUCCAGCAUCAUGGAUUUUUUUCCCCUAAAGAUCGCGACUCCUCUGUUAGGCUCCGCAAAAUAUUAAAAAAAAGAAAAAGGUAGAUUCCUUUCCUGCAUUUGGGUCGACAGCCCUCUGUCUUGGUGCCUGGCUACAGUGAGGGCAUUCGAAGCCCAGAGAUUUCUAGUGGAGAAGGGGAAGACAGGGGGCAUGGGGGCUCUUAGAAAUGAGGGGAGGACCAGAUCUCAUGUGCUGUUUUUUUUUUUUUUUUUUUUAAACUGCAUUUUUACCACUCUGGAGCCUGUGCCAGUGUCCUACAGACAAAACACGGCACCAGUCUUCCCGCAGCAGCGGCACCCCGCCAAGGCAGGUGGACCCGGGGCCAGAGCUGGUUCGGGUUUUGCAUCCCUACCAUCUCGCCCAGCGCAGGUGCAGCCCCGCCCAGGAGGGGCUCCCUGCCGAUGAAGGAGCAUCACAGUCCACCUGGCCUUAAACAACCAAUUUCUCACCGAAUCCCAGGGGGGUGGGGGGCCAAGUGCCCUGGAAACCUAGAAUCUUUGGCUCAGCCAAAAACAAACCUCCUCCCCUCCCCUUCCUUUCUGGGCUUGGUGGGGGGAGGGGACUUUCUUACACAUCCCAGCUAGGAUCAAGUCCAAGCAGAGAGGCCUGGUGGGCUCUGCUGUCCUUGCUGAGACAGCGGGGAGGGGGCGAGGGAAGUCGGCCAGGCCCUCCAGGACGCACUGCGGAGGGAGAGACGGGAGGAGGGCUGCUCGCGCGCGGGGACCCCCACCCUCGACCCCGCUGUCCUAAUUGUUUACUCUGUGGUGGCAGCCAGUCCGACCUUGUCCGUGGCCUGACCAUUCCCAAGUGUGUGACGUUCAGUACUCUCUGUGCCGGACGGUUCCGUGGUGAGAAAAGGUUUGUUAGAUUCCUUGCGGCUGCCUGUACACAAUCCGUUAGAACAGAAAAUGUAAAACACCAGAUUUCUAACAUGACAAAAAACAGCAUUAUGGAGUUAAAAGAUUUUUACAACGGGUCUCGAUUUUGAUGUGAGCUGGUUUUUAACAAAUCUCAAACGUUGUCGAUUAAAUAAAAACCUUAUUUGCCUUUAAAACGUA